AUGAAGCAAUACUGGAGUCACCGGCGAAGCAUAGACAACGCAGAAGGCCGCCUCCCUUUCCAAGUUCCUCGGCUACCUGCUGGUGGCGAUGUAUCGAGUCUCAUCGCUCAGAGGGAAUAUGCGGGUUCGGGGGAGAACAGUUUCGCGGAGAAUGCUGAGGAAUCGGCCCGUCGUCUCGGAGAACGACUUGGUGAUUUUGAUUUGGCUGCACGUGAGCCUGAUCAGGAGAUAAACGAGCCAAAUAGUGACACAGCAACGAGGACAUCUCAUGUGAACGACGCAGCCCCGGUUGAAGGGCCUCCUUACUCUCGGGAUAUAUUGGAUAUUGAAGUCGACGCGGACCCUCCAUUCAACCCAGACGACUUCGAGGAGCUUCUGGCGUCUUAUUUUCGGAGACCCUUGGGGGACUAUAACAAUAGAUCGACCCCAGCGGAGACCAUUGACGGCACGGAGAUGUCUGGAAUCCUCACCGAUCUUGAGGAAGAACCCACAACAAACCCAGUCACUUCUGAUCACUCAAGCCAUCAUGAGUCGGAGAUAUGGGCCGAUUAUAGUUCAAUUAAUUACUGGGAGCUUUUGCUGCUUGCCGAUGGGAAAGCCAAGGCCGAGUAA